CCAACACAAUUGUUCCUGUUUGAAGCGUGUUUCCAGUCGGACGUUAUUAUUAAACGGACCGCGAAGAUGGCUGCCCUUGCAAGUGGCAUUAGGGACUUUUCUUAGUUACAUAAGAAAAUACUAACAAAAAAGGACUGUAAGUACAGAACAUGGGUUUUAUUAGACACAUCGUGUGCGCCAUGUCCGGCGGCGUUGACAGCUCUGUCGCGGCAUUGUUACUAAAGAGAAGAGGUUACAGUGUAACAGGAGUGUUUAUGAAGAACUGGGACUCUCUGGAUGAGACGGGGGUGUGCACGACAGAGAAGGACUGUGAGGACGCCUACAGAGUGUGUCAGAGCCUGGACAUCCCCUUCCAUCAAGUAACUUAUGUCAAAGAGUACUGGCAUGAAGUGUUCAGUAAACUAUUAAAGGAAUAUGAGAAGGGGAGGACGCCCAACCCUGAUAUACUUUGCAACAAGCACAUCAAAUUCAACCAUUUCCACAAGUAUGCUAUCAACACUCUGGGUGCUGAUGCCAUGGCAACGGGCCACUACGCCAGGACGUCGCAGGAAGAUGAAGAAGUUUUCCAACAGCCCACAGCGCCGCUGAUGACUCUCUUCAGAGAUCGUUUUGAGAUUAGAAAUCCCGUGAGGUUGUACAAAUGCGCAGAUCUUCUCAAAGACCAAACUUUUUUCCUCAGUCAGAUCUCCCAGGAUGCCUUGCGACAAACCAUGUUCCCGCUGGCCGGACUCACCAAAGGCUUUGUCAAAAAGAUUGCUGCUGAGGCAGGGUUUCACCAUGUGCUGCAGAAGAAAGAGAGCAUGGGCAUCUGCUUCAUUGGGGAGAGAAACUUUGAAAACUUUAUUUUGGAGUAUUUGGAACCUAAACCAGGAAACUUUGUCUCCAUUGAGGACGGGACUGUCAAGGGAACACACAAAGGCUGGUUCACUCUGACGCUGGGCCAGAGGGCGAGAAUUGGAGGGCAGAAAGACCCCUUGUUUGUGGUGGACAAAGACGUUACUACUGGAGACGUGUUUGUGGCUCCUACUACCAAUCACCCGGCUCUUUUCCGAGACACGGUGGGGACAGACCGCUUCCACUGGGUCACAGUUGACCCGCCGCCUGAGCUGGUCAAGACCAAGAUGAUGGAGUGUCAUUUUCGCUUCCACCACCAGAUGCCACUCAUUCCCUGUACAGUGACACUGAACAUGAACGGCUCUGUGUGGGUCUCGCUCUCGCGGCCGGUCAGAGCUCUGACACCUGGGCAGUUUGCUGUGCUCUACAAAGGAGAGGAGUGUCUGGGUAGUGGGAAGAUCCUCCAUCUGGGUCCUAGUGAAUACACACUCCAGCAGGGCAGAGAGCGGUUGGCAGCGCAGAACAAGGAGCAGCAGACUCCUGAACCAGCGAGCUGAGAUGACGUGUUAGAAAUGAGAUCUGUCCGGUACAUUAGGUAGAGCACAUUGUUCAUGAAGAUAAACCGGCUCUUAGAAAGGGCUCUGCAACAUCCGUCCCGGAGAACAUAUUAAAGAGUGCAGUAUUGAUAAGAAAAGGAUGAAAGGGGUUUCUCUACCACUUGCAGUAUUGUGUGUUUAGAUACUAAGAGGUUAUGUUCCAGCUGCUCAGAUAAACCAUCUUCUUCCAAGCCAAAGUGUGUUUCAGAGCAGAUACUGGUGGGUUGAGUUCCAAAUCGCAUUACAUUUUAUUUGUACUUUUAGUACUUUCUGCAGCUGCCUUUACAGAGUACGUACUGUUGUAUGCAGUACGAAUACAAUAGGGACAAACUACUGCGUCAUAACAUCGCAACUUCGACUUUCACCCUCUUGCUCAUGUAUCCGGCGCAGUCCUGAAUGAGCUGUCAUCAGGCUGAGGGUCUCAGAGGGUCCGUCGAUGAGACGUAUCUCCCGCAGGAUUGUGCGUGAGAAUAGCCAGAACAGCACGAUGCCUUGCGUACAACAUGAUGCAGGACGUCCUGGUGUAAAUUGUACAGGAGUACGGAUAUUGAAACGCACCCUAGAUGUAAUUAGUCAAAUAAAAUAAAGUCAAAUAAGAUGGUUUACUUGGUAACGGUAUCCUUAUCCACAUUAAAAUAGAUCUCCACCACAGCAAGUUCCAGUCUCUCUCUCUGCUAGUAGAUCACUGAGUAUUCAGCUGCUGUAAUGUUUCAGUAGAUAACAAACAAUCCACCAAUCUGGAGAGUUUUGUCUGCAGUCUGAGCCUUUACUGUUGUUUUCUUUACUGUAAGUAUAGGAGGCCUGUGGGGGAACCAGGGAGAUUCUAUCUGAGGGUUACUCUGUGGGUCAAGAUAUUCUUUGGUCCUGUUAUCUGUGAAUGAAAGUGUCUCUGAUAUUCUCUUGUUUGUUCAGCGUAAUGGGAUUCAAACUUCAUAUUUUUGUCGUGUUUCUUAUCAUCUCUGAAGCUGCUCAUGUCGUUUCCUUCCUGGCCUCUGCGCCAACUGGAAACCUACAGCACAUCUUUGAAUCAUCGUCAAAAAGUAAAAUGCUUUUUCCUUUUGUUUGAUAAUUGAUAAAUGAAG